CUUGUCUAAGAGUGGGAGGGAUUUGAAGCACAAAGGGAGGAGCUUGUCGUUUGGUUGGCUGAUAUGGAUGUCCACCUGAGUGCGGUUGACCAGCUGACAGGAAACACAUGUGAAAAACUGAAACAACUGCAGAUCUACAGAUUUGGGAUAAGCUACAGGCUCCUCCACCCCUGCUGGCUCUUCUGUCCUGCCCAGGUUGGCGCUCCUGGUGCCCCCUCGUCAGGUCCAGCAGUCCUACCGUCCAUCCAACAGCUCCUUCUCCCCUCUUACAGCCUCUAUGGGAGCUCCAUCUGUGGUGGCUACAGGCCUUACAGCUACAGCUAUGGUGGCGGCUAUGGUGGUGGCUACAGCCUGGGAGGAUACAGACACACACCUCACCUUGAAGACGUCCCCCCCAGCAGACACUAACUGGGCGAGCGAGGAGGACGACCACGUGGUGGCCAGAGGAGAAUAUGACUUGACAGCUGCUUCUCAGGAGGAGCUUUCUAUGCGAGCUGGAGAGAUGCUCAACCUCGCUCCUAAAGAGCUACAGCCCCGUGUGCGUGGCUGGCUCCUGGCCAGUGUGGACGGUGAGACCACAUGCUCGUCCCAGCCAACUACGUUAAGAUCCUCAGCAAGAGAAGAGACCGCCGGGCCACAGAUAUGAGAGGCUCGCUCAGGCCCAGCAGGCAAACACGCAGGCACCCCAAACAACCUCGUCUGCACAAAUACCCUAAUCUGUGCCUCUCCUGCAGCCCAUAAACGUACAGCAUCUACCCACAUCAUGUACAGUACUUGAAUGAUCCAUCUCGUCUUUCAGCUCAGUCUCGUCAGAUUCAUUAGGCUCAGCUGUGUCCCCCUCCUGUGUGCAGUUUCCUCGUUUCCCUCUGUGUGUAUUUAUAGUAGUGAUGGCCAAACAAAGCUUUCUGAAGCAUUGAAGCUUGUGUUGAAAAACGAUUCAUUACUGGAAGCUUUUUAACACAGUCCUCUCUGGUGACAUCUGGUGGUCAAAAAUAUGAAGAGCAGCUUGAAUCUACAAAAAAACUGAACUGCGUCAUUAUGAUUGCCCACUCUACACAGUGGAAUUCACAAUUCACAAUUGGACAUCACUGAUCACGUGACUGUGGCCAAACGAAUCAAGCAUCGACAGAGUGCUUCUGAAGCGGUGUGUUGGUGUUUUUUGACACACGCGCCGGAGCGUCAGCUUCAAGCGGGCCCUCACUAAUUUAUAGCAUUUGUCCUCUUGUGUGUGUUACUGGUCCGUCUGUGCUCCUCCAUGCUGUUUUUCCUGCUUGUCAUCCUUUGUGUUUUAACUCCAUUCCCUUGUGUCCAGGUUUGUUAUUUGGUUCUCAGCUUUCCCAGUUUAGGUUUUCUUAGUUUUGUUUCUCGCCUCCCUCGCCUUUGUUUGUAUGUCACUCUCCAUGAAUAAAGCUCUCACAUCAGCAGUGCCUGCAUCUUGGGUCCUCCAUUCAUAUCUCAACACGCAAACCCUGACAUUUAUGGUGUAGUUACAUACUACUAGGAAGUGCUGACAAAAUAUGAAAUUAUGAUGCUAUUUAUAUAGAGGCACAAUACCAACACAGAACAGCGGGGACACAGAACCAAAACCUAAGAACUAACAAAGACACAUCAAGAAAUCAAAGAUUAAUAAAACAAAACAGAAAACACUGGGCCAUCGACCCAGGACCGUGACAUUCAGUUUCUCAAGGAAUAAUCAAAGCAAACAUUUUUUUCUUUUUAUGAAUAAGAGAUUUCCUUUUUUGGGUUACAUGAUGGUGUAAGUU